UGGUGCUGCUGCUCUCUCCCCACCACGGGCGUCCCUCGCACUAUGGCGGUCCCGCCGCAGCUACGAGCCCUGCUCCAUGCGGUCAACGAACUGUUGCGCAAGCGCCGCUACCACGCUGCUUUGGCCAUGCUUAAGGGCUUCCGGAACGGGGCAGUCUAUGGAGCCAAAAUCCGGGCCCCUCACGCGCUCGUCAUGACAUUUCUCUUCCGGAGUGGCAGCCUCCAGGAGAAGCUGCGGGCCAUCCUGCAAGCCACGUACACCCACUCCCGGAACCUGGCCUGCUUUGUGUUCACCUAUAAGGGGCUCUGCGCCCUGCAGGCCCACAUGCAGGGCGAGACCUACCAGGUGCACUCGUUCCUGGCUGCCUUCAUCGGGGGCUUGCUGGUGUUCGGAGAGAACAAUAACAUCAACAGCCAGAUCAACAUGUACCUGCUCUCCCGCCUCCUGUUUGCCCUGUGCCGCCUGGGCGUGGAGAAGGGCUACAUUCCCGAGCCCAGGUGGGACCCAUUCCCCCUGUUCACCGGGCUGGUGUGGGGGCUGGUGCUGUGGCUUUUUGAGUACCACCGGCCCACUCUGCAGCCGUCCCUGCAGUCCUCCAUGACCUACCUGUACCAGGACAGCAAUGUCUGGCAUGACAUCUCAGACUUCCUCCUCUACAACAAGAGCCUCCCCUCGAAGUAAUGCGGCCCCGAGGUGCUGAUGGGGGCUUCCACAGCCGAGAUUGUCUCCAUCGGUGAAUCACCCCCAAAGGAUCCUGCCUUCUCAAGAUCAUGGUUCUCAGACUCCAACUUUUAUUGCCCCAGGGUUCCAUUUGCCGAAGCAAAAGCACUGAUUUCCAAGACCAUUAGGUGCUCUCCAGUGGCGGAACGAGUGGUGAAUUGGGCUGCGGGGCCUCGACGUGAUUCCGGCUGUGCUGCUGGCUACUGUGAGACCAGGGAAAGACUCCCCCCCCGCCCCCGGACGUCAGGGGUCAGCGAGCUCAGAGGAGGGCCCCGAAGUCUCUUUCUGGUGGGUUAUGGUCUUUGACCAUUCUAUGUAACAGGAUUCCUUGCUGGGGGGCAGUGGGUUACAAAUAUGUUUUUGGAAAAAAUUAAAUUCCUGGGCUCCGGUGUUGCUCUAGUGGAGAAGCUCUAGAAUUCCACUGUCCAAUAGAAGCACAAUGUGAUCUGUAUAUGUAAUUGAAAUUUGUCCUAGUAGCCACAUGAGAAAAGGUAGAAAGAAGCAGGUGAGAUUAAUGUUAGUUACAGAUUUUAACCUGGUAUUUCUAAAAUAUUAUCAUUUUAACAUGUAAAAAUGAAUAUAAAAAUUAAUGAGAUAUUUU